AUGUCAUUCCUUCGAAAGGUUUCAGAAAAGGUCAAGGCGGGAUUCGGGUCUUCGCGAAACGUAAAUGGUGGUUCCGAUUCGCGUAAAAAAGCACUUCAGAUCAGACCUCUUGAAGAAACGUCCGAUCGAAAGGAAUUCAGCUAUAAUACGAAGCAACAAGCGAACGAUGAGACAUCUGUGUCUAUUACACCGAUGGGAGACAGGACUAAAAAUCCUAAGGUCGGAGAAUCCACGCCGCCCGCUAAAUCCGACGGAACAGCGAAAGAGGCGACAGGGGCAUUGAAGCCCAUCUCUGAGCUCUGGGACGAGGCGUUCAGCGAGUUGAGUAAAAAGGAUCCGGACCUUGUCAAAGACUACGAGGAUGAGGUUUACGAGAGCCUGCAGCCAUCAACGGCGAAUGGAACAAGUAGUAGUUCUCGACUUCAGCAGAUGGAGGCCCUGAUUGAUCUGAAGAUACAAGAAGUGGAUAAUGGCAGGUGGAAGGUGCGCUUUAAGGACCACGAACUCGCGGUGAAGGACCUGGUGGAGCCGGUCGUGGGGAUCGUUCAGUGGGCAAAGGACUAUGUGGGCACAGCUCUUGAGGCAUCUCCCACAGCAUCAUUAGCUUGGGGCGGACUAUUCCUCAAUCCUUCCACCCAAGAAGUCACUCGUGUGCAAGGUUUGAACGAGAUCGCAAGCAUCCUAAGCCGCUGUACUGUGAGGGAAUCUCUCUACCGCCACCGUUACGAGUUGAACGAUGAAAGCUCCAAAGUGGGAGAUUUUAAAUCUUCCCAUUUAGCCUACCGGGGGGCUAUCAAAGCCCUCUAUGUAGAAAUGCUAAAGUUCCAAGCCACUACCGUUCGAUACCUGUCCAGAAACACCUUUCGACGCGUUACUGCGGAUAUGGUAAAAUGGGAUAAAUGGGAUGGCUUGCUUGGGCAAAUCAAGCAACAAGAAACCAAUCUUAUACAGAUGGAAGACCAAUGGAAGCUGGUAAAGGAGGAAGAACGAUACGACCUGCAGAAGAAACAACACGAGAACCACAUGAAAAUGCUGCAGGCAGUGGAUGAGGAAAUCAUCCGCGUAAAAGAGGUCAUUGCGAAAGCUCAGCGAGACGAGAAUCGAUUAGAGUUAUUGAGAUGGCUCUCUGAAGUCGACCCGUCCCUGGACUACAAUCACGCCCGGAACUUGCAUGCAGAGUCCACCGGCGACUGGCUGCUGAAGGAGAACGAGGAGUUCAGACUAUGGAAAGGAACACCUAAUUCUUUCCUCUGGCUGCAUGGAAAAGCUGGGGCCGGUAAAUCAUUCCUGAGUUCCAUCGUGAUCGACCACCUCAAGGACCCAGAUCCACACAGCGCAUUGGCGUAUUUCUACUUCACCUUCCGUGAUCCCCAGAAGCAAGACAGCGAAAAUAUGAUUCGCUCGCUAAUCCGCCAACUCUGUGGGGGGCGACCUGACACUCCCCAAGCGCUGUCAGAGCUGGGCACCUACCGCGACCGUAAUCAGCAGCCCGACCUCGACACGCUAGAGGCCACCCUGCGAGCCGCUACAGUGGGUUUCCAGAAGAUCUACAUGGUCGUAGAUGGUCUUGAUGAAUGUCCCUUAGCUGGAAACAAGCGAUCCGAUGUUUUGAAACUUCUCAAGCGUAUCCGCAGUUGGGAUCUUGAGGCUCAACAAGAGCAAAUAGACAAGGACAUCAGCACCUUUAUCGAUCAACAGCUCUCCCUUUCGGAUUUUCCAUCUUGGCCUACCGAGACAACAGAUAAUAUCAGGAGAACUUUGGUCAAGAACGCUUAUGGGAUGUUCCAAUACGUCAGCCUCCAACUCGAGGCGCUCAAAACCGCGCAGUCACCCAACGCCGUCGAAAGGGCACUUAAAGACCUGCCAGUUGGCUUAGACGAGUCGUAUGAACGGGCUCUCCUACGCAUCGACCCUAAUCACAGAGUCAAGGCGCUCCGCGCGUUACAGUGGCUGUCAUUCUCCCUCCGCCCCCUCUACCUAAGCGAGCUCUCCGAGGCAGUCAUCGUUGACAAGGAUCUACCCGCAACGGAAUGCUUCAACGCAAACGACAGGUAUUACAACCUGUUAGACGUAGCCACCUUGCUUCCCGGCCUCGUGACCGUCACCCGGCGGACGGCCACCGAGCCGACCCUGUUGAAUAUGUCCCUUUUCAAGCCCCCCAUCCAGCAGAACCUCUUCGACCCCGGCUUAGCAACAAUCCGAUUCUCCCAUUUCUCAAUCAAGGAAUAUCUAACUUCAGCACGCAUCCUGGAGGGUCCGGCGUGCGGCUUUGCCAUGAUCGAGAAUCGAUCGCACACUCUCAUAGCUGAAACCUGUCUCAAGUACCACCUCUACGUCUCCGAGGUAGCGAUCCCUGCCAGCGACCUGUUCACCGUGAAGGAGAAUCACCGGUUCUGGCACAAUUACGCUAGAUUCUACGGACCGCAACACGUAGAAUUAGUGGGGCAAGGAAAUGAUUGGAGUCCACAACUUCGCGACCUCUUUCGACAGUGCUUCGACCCUCGAAGCGAUUCCUUCCAGUAUUUACUCGAGGAAUUCUCCCCAAGGCAAGUCUACGAAUUGCGCGGCAGAUCCAGAUUUGUUUCGUACGAGGUUUCAUCCUCACUGUAUUACGCGGCGAGUUUCGGAUACGUGCAUCAAGCAUCCUAUAUAUUGGAGAACGGAAUUGCGGACAUCGAUGAAAUUGGAGGCACCUACGGCACGGCGAUCAACGUGGCUUCAAAUCAGGGCCACGAAGCCGUUGUACGGCUGCUACUUAAUGCCGGUGCUAAUCCGUACCUAGGUAACAACAAUUAUCGCUGUGCGCUAGAGGCAGCCAUCUCAGCGGGUAAAGGUUGGUGCGUGGAAAUUCUGUUGGAAAUGCCAGACGUGUUUGAGCAGUGUCGGAAGGUCCAGUACUGGCCAGUGGUUGACGCAGCGAGCCACGACGAGGUAGAGAUCCUAGCUCUUCUACUCCACCGAGGGGCGGACGUCGAAGACCAUCAGCCAGGCGGGGAGACAGCACUGCAGAAGGCAAUUCAACGGUACCGACAUCGGGCUCGGGAUUUCUUACUCAAGAAAGGGGCGGAUGUUAAUGCGCGGGGAGGGGAAUUAGGCACUGCGAUAUGCUAUGCAGCUUUCGACCUGAAUCUGGAUUCGUUGAAAGUCCUUUUCUUCCACGGAGCCGCGCUGGAUCUGCCGGGAGAAGCAUGGGACGAUCUUGUGAGACCUGCAACGCAGUUACCAGACGGGCUUUAUUAUAUAUCAAAGCUUGAGGAACUACGGGAAAUGUUCGCGGAGGCACGUCGCCGGCCACAAGGCAUCACUGAGAGGGAGGUGGACCAUUAUCUGCAAGAAUUGUUUGUGGACCGUUUGCCUUUGGAGGUGAUCGACCCUGAAGUAGAGGCACUAACAGCAUUAACCCAAUUUCCCAAUGUGGUUGGUCAAUAUCAGGAUACAGCGAUAGAUUUCUCGUGA